AUGCCUGCAAAAUCCCAAUGGCAGACACUGGCAAGCCUCCCUGUCGCCCCAAGACAGGAACACACAACCGUCUACCUCCCGCACGACAGCAUCGCGAUCCUAGGGGGCAUCGUUCCCAACAACAGUGCCACACCCAUUCCCUUUUCAAGUACAACCCUGGUCCAAAUCUAUUCUAUCAAACGCAACACCUGGCGCACCGUGGCCCCUCUCCCAAAGCGGCUCAACCACGUCAACGCCGCAGCUGUAGACGGCAAAAUCUACGUGCUCAGGGGGCUGGACGACGGUGGUGAGGAGCAGAAGGCACUGCAGGCGGUCUCGGAUACCGAGGGGGAUGGCGGCUGGGGUGUGUACAAGGGCAAGAUAUUUCUCGCCGGCGGAUUUUCGGCUUUGGGCUUGACGCCAGGAGGCCCCCACGAAUCUGUCGGUCCCGUUUCCGUCUUUGACACGGCUACUCUGAAAUGGCUCCCGGAUUUUCUUCCUCAGCAGGCGAAAGCUAUCCCACAGCCGCGCGACCAUGCUGGAGCCGCCGUCAUAGAUGACAAGCUGUACGUCAUCGGCGGAUUCGACCACGGAGCGUCCAACCGCAGGGACACUGUUUUCAUCCUGAACAUCCAAAAUCUCAAGGCUGGCUGGAAGACUGGCACGGCGAGGAUGCCGACUCCUAGGGGCGAGUUGACCGCUGCAGCUAUGGGCAGGAAGAUAUAUACCUUUGGGGAGGGUAACCCGAAUGCUGAGAGGGGGUUGUUUAACGAGACCGAAGUGUACGAUGCGGAGUCCAACACCUGGACUCAGCUGGAACCGACGAAGGUUCCCAGGCACAGCGCUCCAGGUGUCGGCGUGGGUGGGAAGGUGUACAUUCCUGGUGGUGGGCUGGCCGCGGGAGCCCUCCCUGCGAGCCUAUUUGAUGUGUAUGUGCCUGGGUGUGAAAAAGGGUGGUAG